CAAUCGAUACUAUAUAGUAGAAAAAAUACACACGUUUAUAAUUGUUAUGAUUGUUAUUGUUAAAUACAACAAUGGAACUUGUUUUACUUGUAUCACUUGCAGUAAUUAUUGUAAUUUUAAUUAUUGGAUUGACUGUAUUUUCUCGUAGAGGAACAAAAAAAUUAAAGACCGAAGCACCAGCACAAGCUGUUCAGGGUCGACGAGUACGUCGAGUUGCAGGCGUUAGAAAUGCUCGUCAACGAAUCCGUGAAAAUGAUGCUCAUCAACAAGUCAAUCAGGAUCAACAAAAUAGAUCUGACGAUGAGGAGAAUAAUGAAACCGAAGAGAAACCUGAUAUUCCAGAGGGGAAAAUAGGCGCCAAGAAAAAGGCAAAAUUGGAAGCGAAAGCAGAAAAGAAAGCACAGAGAGAAGUUUUAGAACGUGAACGUGAUGAUCGUAAAAAACGUGAACAAUUACUUCAAGAGGAGCGUGAUAAGCAAACAGAAAAAGAACGCGAGGAAGAGAAACGUCAAGAGGAAGCCGAGAAAAAAGCAAGAGAGGAAAAAGAGAGACAAGAAUAUGAGGAAUAUUUGAAAAUGAAAGAAGCAUUCAGCGUUGAGGAAGAGGGUUUUGAGGAAAAAGAUGAUGAAGAGGAGAGAAAUUUAUUACAAGAUUUUAUUAAUUAUAUAAAACAAAAUAAGGUUGUUAUUUUAGAGGAUCUUGCAAGUCAUUUCUCAUUGAAAACAGCGAGUGUCAUUGAAAGAAUUCAUGAUCUUCAAGCCGAUGGUACUUUAACGGGAGUUAUUGAUGAUCGAGGAAAAUUCAUUUAUAUCUCACAGGAUGAACUUGAAGCUGUCGCGAAAUUUGUUCGACAACGAGGUAGAGUUAGUAUUACUGAAUUAGCGGAACAUUCUAAUAAAUUAAUUAAUUUAAAACCAUGCAAUACUACGGUAGAAGCUCAAUAAAGAAUGAAUUUUUUAUAGCGAAAA